AUGUCCAGAGUCUUUGACGAAGUGAUGGGGCUGGGAGACUUUGCCGAUUCCUCCCGGGGCUCCGUUUCUUCCUCUAAGAGCGAGGAAAAGGGCCCGGAGGAGACUUCGGAACAAGGAGAAAACCGGGUGAUGGAGGAGGACAGUAAUGGCAGCAAAAUGGAGGAAAAGGGGGAGGAGAGAGUGGGGGAAUCCCAGAAACAGGACUCUGUUAUUAAUGUAGGAACCAGGGAUGGAGAGGAAGGAGGAAGUGGGGGUUCAGCGUCUGAUGAUGCAGUGGAUGGUCUUCCUGUUUAUGGACCUGAGGAGGAAAAGGUGGAGGAUGAGGAAGAGGUAGAAAAGGUGGAGGAAGAGGUGGAAAAGGUGGAGGAAGAAGAGGAGGAAGAGGACUGGCACUUUGCGCUUCCGAUGGGUUCCCUGGAGGACACAGACGUGGGGAAGGCCAAAGCCAAAGGAGACCAAACUGAGCCGGGGACCAUCGUGACCCCGGAGAAGGCCUCCGUUAGUAAGCAAGGAGGAGAAGAGGAAGAGGAGGAAAAGGAGGAAGAAGAGGAGGAAAAGGAGGAAGAGCGAGGCAAGGAGGGGAGCGGGGAGUCGGCCAACACCUCCCACUCCUCCCAGGAGGAGAACCCCCCCCAGGAGAGCAGAGAAGAUGGCGUCCAAAACCAAACGGAGGAAACGGAGGAGAGUCGACCGGGAGAGAGGUCUGAGGGAGCCCCGGUGGAGGAGAGCCCCCCCCCUCCUCCUCCUCCUGCCCCCAGCAUCAAAGAGGAGCCGCUGGACGAAGGUUACGACGCCGCUCUGCUUCCCCAGAGCUCCAUCAGGCAAAUAAAGGAGGAGCUGGAGCAGCAGGAGGAGGAGUUGAGGAUCAGCUCUGUGUAUUCUGUGGGUGGAGGAGGCACUUUUACUUCCCCUACCAUGCCCACAGCCGUGCAGCUCCAGGCCCCCACGGCCUUUUUCAUCCCCAGCAGAGGAGCCGUUCUGCAGGCCGUGGCCCCCCUCCCCGUCCGGCCGCCGGCCGUCGUCCCGGCAACCGUCCACUCCCUGGCGCCGCGCCCGCCGCCGCCCGCCGUCCCGGGAAGCGUGCGCUGCAGCGGCUGCUCAAAGGUUCUGUUGAAAGGUCAAACGGCGUUCCAGAGGAAAGGCUCGACGCAGCUCUUCUGCUCCACAGUUUGUCUAACGGGACACCUUCCUCCAGCCAAUAAGAACCGGGCCUGUUUCCAGUGCCACAGGGAGAUCUUUCAGCCCCGGGACAUGAUCACCAUCCCGGGCGACGACAACACCAUCAUGUACUUCUGUGGGCAGUUCUGUCUGUCCGUUUUUAGGCACAAACGGAAACAGGUGGAUAACGUCCCGGACAAACGAACAGACAAACGAACGGAGACUAAACCGGAGAAACCGCCCGAGAAGCAGCUGGAGCCCAUGCCCGAUAAACCCGUUUGUAGCGUCUGCAAAGUCACCAACAAGCAGCAGUUCAAACAGGAAGUGGCUUCCCGGCAGCCGGAGCAGGUUUGGCUGCCCUGCAGCUUCUGCUGCGGGUUCGCCCUCCGGACCCUCAGCAGCCAUUACGGGGGGAAGGUGGAGGAGUUCUGCCGCCCACACUGCAUGUCCCAGUUCACCGUGCUCUACUACGGGCCACUAUGGGGGGAAGGUGGAGGAGUUCUGCCGCCCACACUGCAUGUCCCAGUUCACCGUGCUCUACUACGGGGCUGCCAGCAGCAGUUCAAACAGGAAGUGGCUUCCCGGCAGCCGGAGCAGGUUUGGCUGCCCUGCAGCUUCUGCUGCGGAUUCGCCCUCCGGACCCUCAGCAGCCACUAUGGGGGGAAGGUGGAGGAGUUCUGCCGCCCACACUGCAUGUCCCAGUUCACCGUGCUCUACUACGGGGUGGAGGAGUUCUGCCGCCCACACUGCAUGUCCCAGUUCACCGUGCUCUACUACGGGGUGGAGGAGUUCUGCCGCCCACACUGCAUGUCCCAGUUCACCGUGCUCUACUACGGGGUGAGCGCCAUGGUUCCACUCCAGGUUUAUUCCCCCUAA